UCAGUUCGGUCGUCGGGAACGCGGGUGACACAAUCGUAGUGUUUACACCGAGUGAUAAGACUAUUUCGUAACGCAUCAUGAAGGCCACGCGUAUGGCUAGACGGUGUCUGCUUUCGCUGGUACUGGCCGGAGUACUGUUCGUCGGUAGCUACCCGGGAACGGAAGCGGCGCGUAUCCUUGGAAUGCUACCAUCCGUAGGACGAUCGCACUACAUCAUUGGAGCCGGUCUCAUGAAAGCCUUGCUUGAUGCGGGCCAUGAGGUGACGAUCGUUAGUCCGUACGCGAUGAAGGACGCACCAGCCGAUCGUCAUCGUGAUGUCCUAUUGACGGAACUGGCUGCAGCACAUGGCGUUACCGGACCGGAUCUGUUUCAGUACAAAAACGCCCCGAAUCUGAUGGUGCUGUACCUGGUGUAUGACGAAAUCGGUCCUGCCACCUCGGAGGCAGUACUUCAGCAUCCGAAUAUGGUGGAACUGAUGCAGUCGGGACAGAAGUUUGAUGCUGUGAUCGUGGAGUCUUUCGCUAGUGAGGUGUUGUACGGACUGGCUGAGUAUUUUGGCGGGCAGUUGAUAGUGUUUUCUCCGUUUGGAGCUUCCAUGUGGACGAGUGAGCUCGUCGGAACACCUUAUCCGUACUCGUACAUCCCGCACACGUUCCUCAGCUACACGAACGAAAUGUCGUUUUGGCAGCGUUUUACAAACGCCAUUGUUGGUCAUCUCGAUAAGCUGUAUUAUCGGAACGUUUUCCUACCGAAACAGGAAGCCAUGUACAAGCGAUUCUUCCCCAAUGCAAAGCUCUCUUUCGAGCAAACGCUCCAGAGCGUCCGACUGGCGUUUGUCAACCAGCACUUUUCGCUCAGCUAUCCUCAUCCGUACGCUCCGAACAUGAUCGAGAUCGGUGGCAUCCAGAUCCAACCUCCGAAGGACCUUCCGAAAGACAUCUUACAGUACAUCGAGGGCUCGAAGCAUGGCGUCAUUUACUUCUCGAUGGGUUCGAUGCUGAAAGGGCGAAACUUCCCCGAAGAUAAACGAGCGGCCUUUGUGAAAGUGUUCCGCGGACUAAAGGAGAAUGUCAUCUGGAAGUACGAGAACGAGAGUCUUCCGGAUCAGCCCAAGAAUGUGCUCAUUAAAUCCUGGAUGCCUCAAAGUGACAUUCUCGCCCACCCGAAAGUGAAACUUUUCAUCACUCACGGAGGUCUGCUCGGGACAACUGAGGGUCUUUAUCACGGUGUGCCGAUGGUUGGAAUUCCCAUCUACGGAGAUCAGGAACUUAAUCUAGCACGUGCUGAGCAAGCGGGAUACGGUGUCAAACUCGACUACGACACGCUCAGUGAGGAGACAAUUUCGGCCGCCAUCCGGAAGGUCCUCGGUGACGCCUCGUACAAAGAUCGCGCUCAGACUAUUUCCCAGCGAUAUCGCGAUCAACCACUUACUCCAGCAAAAACCGCCGUCUUUUGGGUGGAGUAUGUGUUACGUCAUGGUGGAGCUCCACAACUCCAAUCACCCUCGGUGAAGCUCUCCUUCGUCGAGUACAAUCUGCUGGACGUUUACGCGUUGAUGGCCGCGAUCGCGUUAUCAAUGCUAAUUGGAAUGGCAGCGAUGGUGAGGGCCGUGUUGCGGUGUCUGGGAAUUGUCAAACGACCCAAUAAAGGAGACGCACACGGGCGCAAGAAGAAACAAUAGAACUGAACGUGGAUUCGAAAUCACCCAAAUCGCUUAUCGUUUUUUUUGCUGGGCAGGGGUAACCCUUUUUUAUACAAGACAAGGAACAUUUCGUCGAUUAGCUUAUCGAGGUGAUUAUUAUUAUUGAUCUAGUGUACUAUGGUUGUAUUGUUGUGAAAACUUCGAACCCUGCAGUGCAUCCUUGAUGGCGUUGCUAUGCGACACGUUGAUUAAUUCGAUGAACCGACAAGCACGAAUGAUAAAUUUAGCCAUACAAUGUGCUGGUGCUAAUUUUGCUGUAUGAGCGUGAGAUAACAGACUGCAGGCAACAUCGAUAUUUUGAACGUAUUGGUAAAUUGUCUUUCUGCAACAUAUGAAAGGAGAGAUGUUAGUUUUUUGUUUCGUAUUGGAAAGUAGAAUAGUUUUGUUUGUCACCAAUGCCAAAUUAUUUUGUUUGUUAAUCCAAAUGGCCAUGCCAAUGGCUAUCGAACUCAGAACGAUUUCAAUGAUUAAUGACUCAUUAUAAGUUUGCUAUUCCAGUGAUGUGUGAGAUCAGAUAUCAUUAAUAUCGGAUGCCAAUUGUUAUCACUGACACGUGUCUAUUCUUAUGCUGACCAUCAUCAGCAAUCUAUACAUUGAAUCAGUUUGAGAUGCAUGGUAACUAUAGCACAACACUCAGUGAAUGUAAAAAUAUUUAAGUGUAUGUUGGAAUAAAAUAAUAGGCUAUAAAGAAUAAAAUGUAUCCUUUUGCUUUUUUUAAUAUUAUGCGAAUGGUUUGUAU